AGGAAGGAUCUUUCAGAUAUGGCAACCCGAAGAAAUGUACGUCUGAGAAGGGAGUAUCUCUAUCGCAAGCAGCUUGAAACGAAUGAACGAGUGAUCUAUGAUAAGAAGAAAAAGCUAAAGCAGGCAAUCGAGACGGGCAAACCCAUUCCAACAGAAUUACGAGCAGAGGAAGCUGAGCUGAGGCACCAGAUAGAGCUCGACGAUGAGCGCAGCGAGAUUCCCUGGGAUCCCAUGGAUGACGAGUAUGGUCGGGCGGGAGAGUUUGACCCGAGAGUGAUGGUGUCAACUUCGCGCGAUCCUAGCUCUAGACUUGUUCAGUUUGCCAAGGAAGUCUGUUUGUUGUUUCCGAACUCACAAAGAAUCAAUCGUGGAAAUUAUACAACCAAAGAGAUUGUAGAUGCGUGCAGGAAGAACGAAGUCACAGACUUGGUGCUGGUUCACGAACAUCGAGGAGAGCCCGACGGUUUGGUAAUCACUCACAUGCCACAUGGCCCGACGGCAUUCUUCGGUCUUAUGAAUGUGGUAACGAGACAUGACGUGAAGAUCAAGGAAACUAUCUCAGAGGCUUAUCCCCAUCUCAUCUUUGACAACUUCACUACAAAACUUGGUCUCAGGACCCAGAACAUCCUGAAGCAUCUCUUUCCCGUGCCAAAGGAUGAGAACAAACGAGUGGUAACCUUUGCAAACCGUAACGAUUUCAUCUCUUUCCGGCAUCACAUGUACGAGAAGACAAGUCACAAGGAGGUCGAGUUGAAGGAGCUCGGGCCGAGGUUUGAGAUGAGGUUGUUUCAGAUCCGGUUAGGGACGUUGGAACAGACGGAAGCACAGAACGAGUACGUUUACCGGCCAUAUCUAUCCAACUCCAAGACAAAGAACCUGCUGUAA